UCGUCCUGCUGACGCCAUGAAAUGGUACCUGUCCCUUGAAAGGCGAUGUUGCAGUUCUUCCAGAGUUUCUGCUCAGGGAGCAGCUGUGCCCGCCACUCCGACCCUUCUAGCGCUCCGGUUUGGCCGCAAGGAGCGAAAGACAGCAGUGGUGGAAGCUUUCUAGAUGCGCUGACUCUGAAGCCAUCUGUAGUAGAUGAUGGAGAGUUGCAGUUUCCUCCUCGGAGCCAGGUCCGUCCACGUGGAAGCAGCAAUCCACGGCAGAAAAGCGCUGGCAGAACUGUGUCCAAAUCGCAGAACUCCUAUGCCGGCGCUGACUUUCAGGACUUGCCCAACGCUUCGCUGCACUGGCAAAGCUCCGACUGGAAGGAAGCCCAGGUUCAUGCGUCAUCACAUCGCAAUUCGUGAUCCCGGCAAUGUGCAGAUAGAAGCAAAGCGAACCAGCUUUGGCUAUAGAAGACGCAGCAGAAGAUGGCAAAAUGGCUCCUUUUUUUUGCCACAUUGACAGAGUUUU